UCCUCCACGGCCGCCGCCAUCACUGAUAACAGGGCCUGGGAUCGCCGCCCCCGCUGCCUCGCGCCCCCCGACUCACGCCGAGCCCGAUUACUCAUAACCUGCAAGUACUGUGGAGGCGUCGCCCGGUGUGGGAGAGGAAGUCAGCCCUCGCCAGGAGCGCGUGCGACUGCGACGGAGAGACGCGUGGAGGCGGCCCUUACUUUGCGUGUGGCAUUACUGGGGUGCCCAGCGAGCCCGCCCAUCUGGCCCACCGCGGAAAACACUGGGACGUGGGAGUGUCUCCGCUCUAGAGAAAGCCCUCCUCUCUCUCUCUCUCUGUCUCUGUCUCCCUCUCUCCCCCUCUCUCUCUCUUUCUCUCGCGGUGGUGACGAGGGGGAGGCUGCAACCAUAUUUUCACGUCCCUCUACUCAGGGCUGCGUGGUGCUGCGGCAGUGUUCCCUGCAUAGUGCGAAGUGUUUAGUGAGAAAUAGAAGCUUGCAGGAAAAGUGCCUUUGUAUUUUUUGUGGCCUGAUCUAUCCCCUUUGCGGCCCUGUCGCGAGUGAUCAUCGUCAUCGAUAAGACGAUCGAAAUAGUGGUAUUGGAGUGAUAAAAUCUGUGUCGCAGGCUGCCAUACCCGCCUGUCUGCGUGUCAUAGCCCUAGGAAGGCCCAAAGGGGGAUCUAGAGCCACCAGGAAGUACUGCCGGAGGAACCACUAUGGCCUGGGUCAGAGGGCUCUAAGGUGAGCGCUGGGCCGGGGAGAGAGAGUGUCACGAUGCCCGUGCAGAAGUUCCGGGCUCGUAUGAAGAGGCAGAAGUACGACCCUGAAACGGAUCCAGAAAUGGUUGACGAGUACGGCGAAUAUUUCGCGAAAGCGGCCGAUGAGGAACAGGAGGAAGGGUGUGAAGAGCCUAUAACCUAUGCGGAACCUAUAAACUAUGGACAGUUUUCUAUAGCUCAAGGAGUCCGUGCAGGUGGUGAAGUUGGGGCGUCGGUGGGCUCAGCCUCGGGAGGGGAGAAGCCCCUGUCCUCGGCGUGGCAGGCAGCACUAAGCGGAGCCACAUCCAUGUCGCAGGGCCAGGUAGCCGCCGCAACGGACGCCACCCCGCACGAGGGACGGAAGCGGCCGCCCCCUCGUCGGCCCGUGGGUAAACCUCCGGAGAACCGGCCCGCCCGCGCCCUCUUCUGCCUGGGCCUCAAGAAUCCGCUUAGGAAGAUCUGCAUAGACGUCGUAGAAUGGAAACCCUUCGAAUGGUUCAUCUUAUUGACCAUCUUCGCCAACUGCGUGGCUUUGGCGGUCUACACGCCUUACCCUAACUCGGACUCCAAUGCCACCAACGCUAAACUGGAACAAAUCGAGAUUAUCUUUAUGGUAAUAUUUACGGUAGAAUGUUUUAUGAAGAUUAUAGCCUACGGGUUCGCCCUCCACCAGGGGGCGUAUAUACGUUCAGUAUGGAACUUUCUCGAUUUUCUCAUCGUCGUCAUUGGUUUGAUAAGCGGCGCACUAGACUUCCUCAUGCAGGGGGAGGGCGGCGAAGCAAGCUUCGACGUCAAGGCGCUCAGGGCCUUCCGAGUCCUGCGUCCUCUCAGACUAGUGUCAGGAGUCCCAAGUCUACAGGUGGUGUUGAACUCCAUCGUGAAGGCUAUGGUGCCGUUGCUCAACAUUGCUCUUCUCGUCAUGUUUGUCAUUAUCAUUUACGCUAUCAUCGGUCUGGAGCUUUUCUCCGGCGCGCUUCAUUUUACCUGCUAUAAUAAUGAAACAGGUAACCGCAUGGAAAAUCCUCAUCCGUGCGACAACGGGACGGCGGGCUUCAGCUGUUCUGAUCUAAAUAAAGAUGGCCAAUUUUAUGUGUGUCGAGACGGCUGGGAAGGACCCAACUAUGGCAUCACGAACUUCGAUAAUUUUGGCCUCGCAAUGUUAACAGUGUUCCAGUGUAUAACCAUGGAGGGCUGGACAGAUAUGAUGUAUUAUAUUGCAGAUGCCAUGGGUAAUAGUUGGCAGUGGAUCUUCUUUGUAUCCAUGAUCAUCCUCGGGGCCUUCUUCGUCAUGAACCUUAUUCUUGGUGUCCUCAGCGGAGAAUUCUCCAAAGAAAGAGAAAAAGCACAGGCACGAGGAGACUUCAUGAAACUAAGAAAAAAGCAGCAGAUCGAGGAGGAUCUGAGAGGUUAUCUAGAAUGGAUAACAGCAGCAGAAGACAUAGAGAUGGAAGGGGAUGAGAAGAAGGAAGCCGAUGACGGGCGCCGUUUAGUUCUGCCGGGAGCCAGCAACCGUGGAGCCAUGUCGGUGGCCUCCCCAACCUCCCUUCUGCUCUUCUUGCCCCUCUUCUCUAUGCGUAACUGUAUGUAUGAGGCCAGAGAACUGAACAGGUGAUCGUGCAGUACCGCG